AUGCUUAUUCGAUGGUGGAGAUUUGAACAGAGGGGUUGUCGUUCUUAUGAUCCUGUGGUUUUGACAGAUGUUUGGAUUUAUGAUGCAAAAAGUCGGAGCGGAGUUGAAGGACCCUCAGCAGGGUAUGGCAUCACGUUAGUCGCAGAAACGAUGAAAGGAUUUCAUAAGGGAGCGGAUUUAGUGGUUGAUGCAAACAUGCAAGAAAAACUAAAAACAAUGAAAGGAAUCGGUGGCAACGAAAUCAAUGAACUGAAUUCCGUCAUAACAAGGAAGCAUGGAAUUGAACAACUUUUGGAAAAAGAAGUGGAAAACGUAAAAAAAGAUGCGGAGGAAUUAAAUGGUGUGAAUCAGCUCAGUGAAAGUGAAUUGAUUGGAAGGCUGUGUGCUCAGCGCCUGUUAUUAGAAAUUCAUUAUGGAGGUGUCAUAGAUACGACGUAUCAACACAUUCCAUUCCUGUUUAUGGCACUAGCAGAAGAGCAUGAGCCGUGCAAGAUUAAAGUUUCCAGGAUAGCGCCUUAUGCUGUGCAAUUUUUACGCCACCUGAAAGAUUUUUCUGGAGUAACUUUUUCAUUUGAGGAGGUCGAAUCUCCCCCAUUGCCAAGAAAUGAGGAAGAGGAUCAAGAAGAAGAAGAAGAAAUCAUGCAGAUCACAAGCAUAAUUGUAAAGUGCACUGGCACAGGAUUUAGAAACAUUGGGAGAAAAACAUUUUAA